AGCAUUCCACUGCCGCCUUCCGGAAAAGGAAAACGCAUGGAUUUACGUGUUUGCAAUCUUUCUUAACAAGCUUAAGUUCGCAGGUGCUGUUCCUCAUGAAACAAGAGUAGCCUAUGCCGGAAAGAGAAAAUAAUGACUAAAGUAUUAUUUGCUACUACUAAUUUAGUGCAAUAUAACAUGUGGUUGUUUUGGGCUUGUAGAACAGGCGGGGUGGCCAAACAAUCUGUCGCAUCGUCAGGCCACCCACCCACCCACCAUAUGCAGCAGUGAUUUUUAAGAAGUGGGACAAGCUUGCAGAUGGCGCGUCUAGGCUGCCCGCGACAGGGACACCUACAGUGUUGAAACAGUGUCGGACACGAACGAGGCAGCUAGUAAAGGCGUGUUGUAUGUAGUCUACAUCUUUGCCAUAAAGAACAUUUCUGAGUGGAUUGGAUAAUAUUCCAUCGCAGGAUUUCCUACUGCCGCUGAACCGUUGCUUGAGCCUACUGUACUUUGGUUCGGGUAUUGCGUUACACGCAGUGACUGGGCCAUCGCCACGGGUAGCUAUAAUCCGAGAGGAAGAGGCGAAGCCUUUUGCUAUAAUCUCCCAUUUGACGCGUCUCUCAGUUGGCAAACAAUGGUUGACAACCGUUACGCCACGGCUUUGGUCAUCAGCUGUGUGCUCAGCUUGCUGGCUACUGUGUACCUGUCUGUAGCGAUUGGAACGCAGCACUGGUACCAGUACACCAGUCCACCGGUGCGAGGCGAGGCCAACGUAUCCGAACUGCGGUCACUGUAUGAGGAAUUCAUGGACGGGGAAUUCGAUGAGAAGACCUACAGCGACACGCUCUUCCGUCUCAACGGGACCACGGGCCUCUGGUGGCGCUGCGUUCUGGUGCCAUCUCAUACCCACUGGUACAAGGAGUCAGAUCCAAGGACGUGUGUUAGCUUCACGUUACCACAGCAGUUUACUCCGAAGUACAAAGAGCCAGGGAACCACAACAGUGGAGAGGACAUGCUGCGGACCUACCUGUGGAGGUGCCAGUUCCUGCUGCCAUUAAUCUCCUUAGGACUUGUGGUGCUGGCAGGCUUGAUAGGGUUCUGUGCCUGCCUCUGCCACAGUCUCACCCCCACCCUGGGCAUAGGAAUGCUCCACCUACUGGCUGGGCUGUGUACUCUAGCCACAGUGUGCUGUUACCUGGCAGGGAUGGAUCUCCUCCACAGAGUCUCUGUUCUGCCAGGCAAGGUGGAUGGCUCCCUGGGCUGGUCCCUCUACCUGGCCCUCAUCUCCUCCCCGCUGCACAUGAUGGCCGCCGCUCUCCUGGUGUGGGCGGCGCGAAGUCACAGUCAGAACUACUACCGCAUGACUGCCUACAGGGUAGCGUAGAGACGGGCACAGUCAGAACUACUACCGCAUGACUGCCUACAGGGUAGCAUAGAGGCCCAUUUCCAAAUCAAAACCAUAACUCCAACCACAUGACACUUGUUGAUCUUGAAAGAACUGAAUAGGUAUAUAGAAAAUGCUAAUCUUUGCUACUGGCUACUGGGAUUUUUACACGCUAUUGCUAACACCUAUCCAAUCAUUUCAGAUCUAUAAAAGUGCCUAGUGUAGGGGUGAGGGGUUGAGUUGAAAUUGGGCAACAGAGUGGUCCAGAACACAAUGUACCAUUUGGUUAGACCAAGCAUAUGAUUGUUUAUAAGACUUUACAAACCGUAACGGUCAGGUGAGAGCUGCCUUCAUUCGACUCUCAUAUGCACUAGCAAGAAACACUAUAGGCCCGUGUUUGGAAAAUCUAACCUUUCUGAAAGAAAUAUGUUGAUGGCGAUUUUAAGUUUAGUGCAAACAUUUAAAUCAAAUUAUAUUUAGACCAUAGAAAACCUGGACAUAAUCUAGGACAUGUGGAAAAAUAUAAGCUACAAAUAUUUUCCUUUUGAGUGACAAUCUAGAGAGUAACAUAUAGGGUGCAGUGGUUGUAGAAGUGGUUGGAUAUUUUGUAUGUAAUUUGUUGACUUCAUGAGGUUUUGUUUUUACUUUUAUCAGGAAUAUUAUUUUUAUAUUUUGAUUGAUUUGUAAGAUUCUGCAGAAAUACUUUAGAAAUGUAGGAAUGUAUUACCCCCACAUUACAACUAGGUUAAUAGUGGACAAUGUCACUUUGUUAUGAAGUUUCUGUUUUUGUAAACAUGGCGUUACAUUCCAUUGUAGACUAUUGCUAACUAUUGACUUUAGAUGUGGUUACUUUGAUUUAUUUGUUGCAUAUACAUAGUGUUACUUUUUGCUAUUUGUCUUUUUGGUUUACUUAAUUUAUUCAUGUUUAAUAUCACCUAUAAAUGCCACUUCUAUGGCAUAGGCUUGCAUUAAUAAGAUCAAAGAUUAAAACUGUGAACUGUUAAUACUAAUUUAUUAUAUUGAGUAUCAAGAAUGUAUUUAAUGUGGUCGUAUGAAAAACGUUAAUGAUCGUUUUCUUUUAAAUAGUAGUUAUUUUUGGAUCAUAUUUUAAAGUGUUUUGCAAUGAAUGCUCUUAUUUGUAGGCCUGGAUAUAUAAUCUGAAUUUACGCUAGUUAAUCGAUAAGCGGUGGAAGUGUACAAUUAACUGUUUGCAAGUGAAGAUUAAUGGCUGACAAAUACCUUGAUCAUCCCUUUACCGUCAAGAAGAAUAGAGUACUUGGAGACGUGUUCAUUUAAAUAGUGUGUCGUAAGGUCUGCAUGUCUUCUUAUACCUGACAUGACAGCAGUCAACGUUUCAGGAAAAUGUUAUGACAGGUAAGACUUAUGAAAGAAUGUAGACUUAGUAUGCAGACUUAAAGUAGCUGAUAAGAGUUAAGCUUUUUCAAAAUGCUGUAGAUUUUUUUUUUUCUUCAAUAUUUUAAAACAGAUUGUUCUAACCAUAUUUUCUGACUGGCAAAUGCAAAUCAAACCUACCGUCUUUCCUGCCUCAAAUGUAGUUCAUAUGGCAAAUGGUAUGAUAUGGUAUGGUAUGUAUGUGCUUCAGUAAAUCUAUUGUGAAUGUAUUUUACUAUUCUCCCAAGAGAUGAGGUCCUCUGUAGCUCAGCUGGAUAGAGCACGGCGCUUGUAACGCCAAGGUAGUGGGUUCGAUCCCCGGGAC